UUAGGAAGACAACGCGUCUUGCAAAAUUUUGAGAAGGCUCAAGGCUUUAAAGAAGGCUCGUCUAAAUAAAGGAGGGUUAAAGUGACAUUGCAGUUACUUAAUCCUGUGCUUUCCUUCCAUGUGACUCGAACAAGACUGAGGUGCAGCUUUCCUUUUUCCCGGUGCAGAGAUUAUACUGCUCCUAGCAUCCUCCAGCAGCAAUUCUGCACAUCAAAGUAGCAAUGGAAAUUAAACAAAGCAGUGGCAAGCAUUUUACAGCAGGGCUGCAAGGUAAAGGUCAGGCAUUUCCAAAUCACAGUGAAAAGCUUGCUGGCUGAAAAAUGAAUCAAAGGAAAAUCCAACUUUCAGCUUUUGGACUGAGCACUGAACCAAGAAGGACUGCAUCAAAUCCUACCGAAGGUUAGCUGUUCAAAGUGAUCUGAAAGCUUUUGGACUUAUUCAAAGUAGUUAUUGAGCUACCAGUCUGAGGUGUGCCUGUCAGUGUUUUCAGGGCAGCAAACUAGAACCUGAAAGUUAAAGAAGUGUCAAAUGUACUGCAUUUGUUUGCACUCCAUUGAAAAUGGACUCUUAGCUUUUGUAUGUGUACAGUUUACAGCUUACAGCUUUAAUUAUCAAGCCUUUUUUUAUCUUACAGAUAAGGAUUUAAAAUUGCUCACUGGAGAGUAAAAGCCAAUUGGCUUGUAAUUUUACUUCUGAUUUUGGACAGAACCAGCAAUAGAUAUAUGAUGGCAAAUUUGGUUUUUAAGUCAUUUCCACAUUGAUCUUUGGACCUCAGGCAAUUUUUGUUCGGGUUAUCACAAUUCUGUUAUGUCCAGGAUUGUAUUCCACUGGAACAGCUUGUUAAACCAAAUGGAAAUGUGAUUGCUCUGUGGACUAUGACAACAAGCUAUAUGAAUGGCGGAGGUCUUGGAAACCACCGAUAUGCCAGGUGGAAUCGUGAGGACAGUGGAGAGGACUACGGGCGGGCUGAGUGCUAUGGAGAAGAUGAGGAGGGCAGGAAGCGCAGGCUGACCCCAUUUGAGAAGCUAACCCAGGAUAUGUCCCAGGAUGAAAAGGUGGUGAAGGAAUUAACUCUGGGGAAGAGGAUUGGAUUCUAUCGAGUGAGAGGGGAAAUAGGGAGUGGGAAUUUCUCACAAGUGAAGCUUGGAAUUCAUUCUCUAACCAAAGAAAAAGUAGCAAUUAAAAUUUUGGACAAGACCAAGUUAGACCAGAAGACUCAACGUUUACUGUCCCGUGAAAUUUCCAGCAUGGAGAAACUGCACCACCCAAACAUUAUCAGACUUUACGAAGUGGUGGAAACACUGUCGAAACUGCACCUCGUGAUGGAGUAUGCAGGAGGUGGGGAACUCUUUGUUAAAAUCAGCACAGAGGGAAAGUUAGCAGAAAUGGAAAGUAAAUUAAUUUUCUCCCAGAUUGCAUCUGCUGUGAAGCACAUGCAUGAUAACAAUAUCAUUCACCGGGACCUGAAAGCAGAAAAUGUAUUCUAUACCAGUAACACCUGUGUGAAGGUGGGAGACUUUGGAUUCAGCACAAUAAGUAAAAAAGAGGAAACUUUAAAUACUUUCUGUGGGUCUCCUCCUUAUGCUGCCCCUGAGCUCUUCCGAGAUGAAAACUAUGUUGGUGUUUAUGUGGACAUAUGGGCACUAGGCAUCCUUUUAUAUUUUAUGACAACUGGUACAAUGCCAUUUCGUGCGGACACAGUGGCCAAACUGAAGAAGUGCAUUCUUGAUGGGACAUAUAGCCUGCCUCCAUACCUUUCAGACACUUGCCAGAAACUGAUCAGAGGAGUUCUUCAGCCAGUCCCAACUGCACGAUACUCUGUUGAAUGUAUUAUGAAGAACGAAUGGAUGCAAGGGAUACAGUAUCCAAAAGCGUUGGAUCCAUUUAAACUGGAUCCAAAGUAUUUAGCAGAGACUAGUACCCUCAAAGAGGAGGAAAUUGAAGUGAAAAAUACCUUGGAAGAUUUGGGAAUCACAGAAGAACACAUUCAAAAUAACCGUGGGAGAGAUUCUCGAAGCUCAAUAACUGGUAUCUACCGAAUUGUUUUGCACAGAGUACAAAAGAAAAGAGCCCUGGAGACUGUUCCUAUAGUCACGCAACCAGAAUCCAAAGAGCAGGAUUUAAAGAAAGGUCACAGUUCAUACCGUGGUAUCAGACAUACAUCUAAGUUGUGUUCAAUUUUAUGAAUUGCAUAUAGCAGACUUUACAUUCAGUAACUUUAACAAGGGGUUUUAUUCAUUUCACAGUAAGCUUUGAUGUUACAUUUUUGUAAUUUUUAAAUAAACCAAAACUGCCUUAAAUCUCAA